CGCUGUCUCGGCAGCUGCUCAUGCUCGUGCAGCUAUUGUAGCUGAAGCCAUUGCUGUAGGGUUUCUACCGCCCCAUCGGUGGGAGUGGAAUCGACGUCCCUACAGUGCGAUCCUCGCUGGUCCCCUGACCUUGCCGUGAGCGUGCGGACAUGUUGGUGCCUCGAGCGGUGAAUGGAUGUCCAGUGGACGCUGUGAUUGAUACAGGAUCCGCCGCUACAUUGUUGUCAGAGGAUUUUGCCGACCGCCUACCUAAGGAGCUGGAAAAGGAAACCUCUGACCAAGGCCAGAAGUUGAUUAGCCCCAACGGGCAACCACUAGAAGCCGUGGCGUCAGCAAUUGUUCAGUUGGAACUCGGAGAUGCAACCUGUUGGCACCGGUUCACCAUAUUGUACAGGGCAGGUCGAUCGCACGCUAACGCUGAUGCAUUGUCACGCCGCCCUGACGCUUCGACGACGCUGUUCGUAGGGGCCGUGAACAACGACGUUGGCAACAUCCCCACAUCCCUCAUCCGCCGUUUCAACUGGCCGUGGUCAAGAUGGGAAACGGAACAGGAGAAGGACCGAGAUCUCGCCCAAGUAGUGUCCUGGCUAGGUAUGGACUCUCCGCCUUGCCCACAGGACAUGAUGGGUAGCAGUCCUGAGGUACGUAUUUUGUGGAAAAAUCAUGAAAUGCUGGUUCAUCAUGAGGGGGUGUUGUGCCGUCGUUGGGAGGACCCUUGCCCGGUAAGCCGUCUAUCUUGCAAGUUGUUGUUCCCCGGCAUUUACGUUCAUUGGUUUUGCAAGAGUAUCAUGACCAGGGGGGACAUACGGGUUCUACACGCCUGCAGAAGAAACUGACGCAACAAUUUCACUGGGUAGGCAUGAAGAAAGGUGUCUUGGAUUGGGUUGCAAGUUGUUCUUCCUGUAGCCAGUUGAAGCGUCCCGUUGGCAGAGGGUCUGGCGCUCCAAUGCAGUCUUCCUGGACGGGGUAUCCUUUUGAGCGAGUAGCUAUGGAUUUGAUCCCCAAUUUGCCGGAGACAGCGGAAGGGAACCGCCAUAUUUUGGUUGUAGUUGACUAUUUCACUAAAUGGGUGGAAGCUUUUCCGCUUUCGAGAAUAGAUGCUUCCACUAUUGCUUUGGUGUUUGUUAAUGAGUUUGUGUCACGUUUUGGUGCUCCUGAUCGGUUGCAUACCGAUCAGGGCAAAAACUUUGAUGGCUCUCUGUUUCGCAGUGUUUGCUUUCUGCUUGGCAUAGAUAAGACCAGGACAACUGCGUACCAUCCACAGAGUGACGGUCUGGUUGAGAGAUUCAACCAGACGCUUGAGCGUGGCCUGGCGCACUAUGUCUGACGGAAUCAUCGAGAUUGGGACAUCAAGUUGCCAGCCUUCUUGAUGGGAUACCGCUCGACGCCGCAGACUAGUACCGGCUACAGUCCAAGCUAUCUGCUCUUUGGUCGGGAGCUAUGCUUACCUCAAGACUUGGCAUUUGGAUUACCGCCAGGAGCAGCAUCCGCAGUAGCGUCCCAGCCGGAAUUCGUGAGUGCUCUCCGCCGACGCCUGGAGGACGCUCAUGCGCAGGUUCGGGAGCACUUGGGCAACGUGCACCGCUAUCAAGCGCAUAUCCGUGAUCGCAACGCUAAGGCCGUGACGUUUGCAGCUGGUGAUGCAGUGUGGCUUCUGGUGCCGGCCAUUCCGACGGGUACAACCGCCAAGUUUUCUAGACUGUGGCACGGACCGUACCUAGUCGAGGAGAAGCUCUCCGCCGUCACCUACCGCAUCAAGCUGUCUGAGCCCACGGCACGUCGGCUGAUAGUGCACGUCAACCGGCUGAAAAGUUGUCAUCAUCGACCGAGUCGGCUGCAGGAGGUUCACGAACAAGAUGAGUCGGACCCACCACAGCCCAUGGCAUCCACCCUGACUCCGUCCUACCAGCCUGAUGCCACUGAUGCCGCCGCCCGAGACGAGGAGGACACCGCUUGGGUAUUCGACAGUGCUCCGCCAGUUGGCGUGAUGGAAAGGCGAACCCCGCGUUCCCGCCAUCCACCUCAGCUGUUUGGGAGUCCCGUCUGGCACGAGUAAGGAUUUCAGUGGUAUUGACUGGAUUGGUUGUGGCCAAUAUUACAGCUAGUCUUUGAACAGUUUUUUGAUCGGAACUCCAAUUUUGACCUGCACUCGUUUAGUUAAAUUGUUAGCUAUAAUCUUAGUCUAAAUUAUUACGUUACUUAUAACACGAGGACGUGUUCUUUUCCGUGUAAGCGGGGGGAUAUGUCGUAUCCAUAUGAUUGGCACGUGCCUUUUAGGCCUCUACGGGACAAGUAUGCCUUAUUUAGUUGUUUUAUUAUUUAUCUAUCUCCCGUAAACGGGUUCAUAAUCGUCUUUAUUUUAUAUUUCCCCACAUGGCUCCCGCUCUUUAUGCAACAGUUCGUACGCAUAUUUAUUACGGUGAUACGCUAUUGCAUGCGGGACCAGCAAUCUCGUGGCCAUGGAUUUCCAUGGCCACAACUAGAUCAUAUUGCCAUC